GCAAGACGUGCGUGGUGCAGCGCUUCAAGACCGGAGCUUUCUCGGAGCGCCAGAGCAGCACCAUCGGCGUCGACUUUACCAUGAAGACGCUGGAGAUCCAGGGCAAGCGAGUCAAGAAUAACAUCCAAACUUCUUACUUGAAGAAAUGGACCCUGCCUGCCUUGCCAUCUUCAUCUAUCUCCCUCUGCCCCUCACUCAGUACUUUCCAGCCUUACUAGCCUUUUCUGUCCUUCAAACAAGUUUGCCUCAGGCCCUUUGUAUUUUUGCCCCUGGCUGUUCAUACUCUGUCCCAAGGGCACCUGCUUGGGACCACUGCAUCGUCCUUUGGGAUCUGCUGAGAAUACCACCCCUUCAGAGAGGACUUCUUUGGCCUCCCAGACCCUCUUUCCCAUAUUGGAUAAAUUCAAGGUGGCCACAGUCAGCAGCUUUACAGAGAACUUCCACUUCAGCCUCAACCAGGACAAUUCAGGCCACAGAAAGGGAAACCUGACUGUAGUCCUUGAAGCCAGCCUGCACAAUGCCUACUUGGGCAGCCCUGUUCCUGCUCUGGGCUACCACGGAGGCCACCAAGGACUGCCCUGCACCAUGCACCUGCCACGCUCUGGAAACCAUGGGGCUGUGGGUGGACUGCAGCGGGCGAGGACUCACAUCCUUGCCUGCCCUGCCAGCCCACACCCGCCACCUCCUGCUGGCCAACAACAGCCUUCGUUCCAUGCCCCCUGGCACCCUCGACAACCUGCUCCAGCUGCAGACACUUGAUGUGACACAGAACCCCUGGCACUGUGACUGCAGCCUUACCUACCUGCGCCUCUGGCUGGAAGAUCACACACCUGAGGCCCUGCCACAUGUCCACUGUGCCAGCCCUGGCCUUGCUACCAUCCACCCACUGGACCAACUCACAGGCUAUGAGCUGGGCAACUGCGGCUGGCAGCUACAGGCAUCAUGGGCCUACCCAGAGGUCUGGUGGGAUGUAGCACUGGUUGUUGUGGUCACAAUGGGCCUGGCUCUCCUGGCAGGUCUGUUGUGCACUGCCACAGAGUCCCUGUACUGAGCCUAGACUCCCAGGGUCACCCUCAGGCCAGGCAGCGAGGACCUGAGCCCCGCCCCAGAUUCUACCAGCCCUGAUUAGCCAGAACCACCUGUAACAAAAAAUAAACUGGCUACUCAGCCAUUUUAUUCAAGCUCAGAGAUUGUUUUCCCCUCUCAGCUUCUGGAAACCUGGGUUUAUUUUUCUUUAUGACUAGAUAUCAGUUGGUGUUUGUCCCCUAAGUUUCUAAGUAAAAUGGGCUGUCCAACUUACUUCCAACUACCCACUCCCAAUUCCAAAAUCUGGAUAUCCAGAGCCCUUCCCCAGGGCCUGCCAGGUCCCAGGGUAUCAGUUCUCAAACCCUGCCCUACUCUUGACAGCCCAGGCCAAUUGCACAUCACUAUUCAGUCCCUCUCCAAAUUUAAGAGAAAACUCUUACAACACAGCAGUGAAUAGACAGGAGGUACUGAAGAGGGCGUUGGCCAUCUCUGCAACAGACAUAUACUGAAAGACACUUCAUUCCCAAUAUUAUUGCCUUUGACUACUCUGGCCCCGAGGCCGUCCGGGUUCACCUGACCAUAUCCUUUCUCUUCUGCACUAGUUUCUCUCCCCUUUAUUUCCUCUCUACCCCUCUUCUUCAGAAACAAAACAUCAAGUCAGUCCAUUUCUCAUGGAAAUGACUUCCUUCCUGGUGCUGACAUCAGACACCUGCAAACUCUGGGGUCCCACUUCUACCCCAUGUACCAUAUUCUUUUUUAAAAAAUUUUAUUUUAUUUUAAUUGUUCAAGUACAGUUUUCUGCCUCCAGAUUCUUCAAACAAGACACUUCUCUCCCUCAGAGGAGUUACAGUACCAGCAGAUAAAAUAAACUUUUCUACACCUUACAAGAUAACAUUUAAGUUUGUUACUGGCCAACCAAAAUGCAAAUAUAAUUACACCAAGGUCCCUCCCUUAAGGAGCUGUUCCAUGUAGUGGUCCUAUGACUCAGAAGGUGCCACAAGGAAGGCCAAGUGGGCACCGAGUGCCACUGAAGGGCACCUACUCAAACUCAAGGUGAAGGAUGAAUAGUAGGAAGUGGUGGAGACUGGCAAAUCAGAGAUCCCACGUUUCAUCCAAAGAGUUUCAGACAAAUGCUACCAAGUGGAGAUGAGGACCCAGGUGGGCCAAGGUGCCCAGUAUUCCAUUCUUCUAGAGACUGAAAUCUAUAUUUUUAUGUGAAAUCUCUGAGUUAUUCAAGUGUUGGCAAUUAAAUAAAAAUUUAAUUGAUAAUAAGACAAAUAUAUAUUAUCAAUUAGAUGGAGCAUAGG